GUCCGGCAAUCAGCCAUGGAUCAGGUAAUACAGUUUGUUGAGCCAAGUCGGCAGUUUGUAAAGGACUCAAUUUGGCUGGUUAAAAGAUGCACCAAGCCCGACAGAAAAGAAUUCCAGAAGAUUGCCAUGGCCACAGCCAUAGGAUUUGCUAUUAUGGGAUUCAUUGGCUUCUUUGUGAAACUGAUCCAUAUCCCUAUUAAUAACAUUAUUGUGGGUGGCUGAGUGCUUCCGCUUCGCUGGAACUAGGAGCAAUGAGGGUGUGAGAAGCUUAUGAAGUAAAAAGUUGCCUGUA